CUAUAUAUACAAUCAGAAAUGUUUCGAUUCGAAGAAUUCAAUUUAUUCAAUUGAUUUGAUAAUGGCCACUGAGGAGAAACCAAAUCUGUGCGGCCCUCGGCUAGGCGGCUCGGAGUUUUGGGUGGUGCAUCAGGUAAGCAACGGAGAAACGAUGGCGCACCUGGCCCUCAAAUACGAUACGACAAUUGGGCAAAUCUGUCGAGCCAAUCGCAUGCAUUGGCAGGACAUCUUGCAGAUGCGACGCCACAUUUGGCUGCCGGUUACUGUUGGCCGACAACAGGCGCCGGUGGAGACGAAAGAUCAACUGCAUAAGCGCGCCCAAUCUGGAUGACUUUGCCGGCGAAUGUGACCCGCUGCUGAUUACCACUGCAAUAGCGC